GUCCUCUUCACUGUAGAUUUUGAUUGUAACUAUUAGAUAUUCGGGUAACUUUGAGACGACUUUAAGGAAAUCAAAGAGGGAAUUAAAGGGUUAAAGUGCAGGAGAAAACACACAGCAGAAUCUUCAUCACCACAACCAAAAGAGAGAAGACAGAGACUGAAUAAACCAGAGAUGUCUGGGCGUGACUCCAGCAGUCUCCUGUCUGAAGAUCAGUUCCUGUGUUCUAUUUGUCUGGAUGUAUUAACUGAUCCAGUCUCCACUCCAUGUGGACACAACUUCUGUAAAACCUGCCUUACACAGUACUGGAACAGCACUCAACACUGCCACUGUCCAUUCUGUAAAGAGAAAUUCACCAAGAGACCUGAACUGAAGAUCAAUACAACACUGAGAGAGGUUGUGGACCACGUCAAGAAGAAAAAUGGUCUGAAUAAACCUGAGAUUCUUUGUGAGGUCUGCACUGGAGUGAAGCAGAAGGCCUUGAAAUCAUGUCUUAACUGUGGAGCAACUUUUUGCAAGUCUCAUUUAGAACCACAUACAGUUGGGAACCUCAAGAAACACAAACUAAUCGACCCAGUGGAGAACCUGCAGGACUACAUAUGCCAGAAGCAUGAGAGACCCCUAGAGCUGUUCUGUAAAAAUGACCAGAUGCGUGUGUGUCAGUUUUGCUCUCAGUCAGACCACAAGACUCACAGGACUGUUUCAAUAGAGAAGGAGAUUGGAGAGAAAAAGUCACAGCUGGUGAAGACACAAUCAGAGGUGCAGAAGAUGAUCCGAGACAGACUGAAGAAGAUCAAAGACAUCAAACACUCAGUAGAGCUCAGAAAAAGAAACACAGAGAAAGAGAUUGCAGACAGUGUUGAAGUUUUCACUGCUCUGAUCCGCUCCAUUGAGAAUACCCUGUCUGAGCUGCUGGAGGUGAUGGAGGAGAAGCAGAAAUCAGCAGAGAAGCAGGCUGAAGUCCUCAUUAAAGAGCUGGAGCAGGAAAUCACUAAGUUAAAGAGGAGGCACAGUGAGCUGCAGUGGCUCUCCCACCCUGAGGACCACCUACAGCUUCUACAGAUUUCCCCAUUACUGUGCAGACCUCCACACACCAAGAACUGGACUGACAUCAGUAUUAACCCUCAUCUGAGCGUAGAGCCUGUGAGCAACGCUCUGUCAAAACUUCAGAAGAGUCUGGCGGAGAAGCUAACAGUCACCACAGAACUGAAGAGGAUCCAGCAGUAUGCAGUGGAUGUGACUCUUGAUGCUGACACAGCUCAUCCUGAACUCAUCCUGUCUGAUGAUGGAAAACAAGUGAGACAUGGAGACACAGAACAGAAGCUUCCAAAAACCUCAAAAAGAUUUACACAUUUUGGUUACGUUCUGGGAAAGGAGGGAUUCUCCUCAGGGAGAUUUUACUAUGAGGUGCAGGUCAAAGAGAACACUGAUUGGAAUUUAGGAGUGGUCAGAGAGUCCAUUAACAGGAAGGAGGAGGUUCCACUGUGCCCUCACAAUGGAUUCUGGUCUAUGGUUCUGAGGAAUGGGAAUGAGUAUCAGGCUUAUGAUAAUUACCAACACUGGCUCUGCCUAAAAGAGAAGCCCCAGAAGGUGGGUGUGUUUGUGGAUUAUGAGAAGGGUCUGGUCUCCUUUUAUGAUGUGGAGGCCAGAUCUCAUAUCUUUUCUUUUACUGGUCAGUUUUUCACUGAGAAACUCUAUCCAUAUUUCUGCCCUGGACAAAAAAACUCAGCUACACUGAUCAUCUCGCCCGUAUGAAAUACUGAAUAAUAUUUUCACAGCAUGUAACAAUGACUGCAUUUAGUGGGAGUAAGAAACAUACUUUAUGUUUCUGUGCAGAGAAAAAUUGUAUCAGUUCAUGAAAACUAUGUGAAAUUAUGUUAUAAAUGAACUUUAUUCUCUCUUUGAAAAUACAUAGAGGAGUAGAUUAUAGAGUGUCCACAGCCAUCUGUGUCCAGCAGUACACAAGUGCAUCAUUUAUUAGGACGGGUACAAUUUACAAGCAUUGAACUCCAUAAGAGGUCCACAAGAGUAAACACCAAACUGUACUGUAAAAGAAA